GUUAGGGAGAGAGAAGACUUGGUGGAAAGUUGUAAGGUCUGUUGUGUUGUGAGCUAUCGGAGGCGCUUCCGUUGGUUGUUCAUUAAGUGGUCCGUGCCCACGGAUUAUCCAAAGGAACCUGAAGAUCCUACUCACACAGUUAAAGUCAAAAAUCAAGAAAAAACAUAAGUGUGGUGGCUGCGAGUGGCCUGGGCCGACGACGUGAGGCGCAGGGCGGCGGUCAAUGUUAUUUGAGCGGGGGCCGCGGGCCUCGGCGAUCGCAGAGCAGAGGAUGCAGAAAGCCGCCUACUACGACAACGCGGGGCUCUUCGGGGGCUACACCUACAGCAAGGCCGACGCCUACCCCUACGGCGCGGCCCACCAGCCCUACGGCCAGGCCGGCUUGGACAGCGAGUACCCCGGCUCCGCCUGCUCCGUCCAGGGCUCGGCGCCCGGACGCGCCCCGGCCCACAAGGGCAGCGAACUGAGCGGGAGCUGCAUGCGGCCGGGCGGGGGCGGCCCCGGGGGCAGUCAGCCCCCGGGGAUGGGCGAGCAGCAACCCCCGGCCCUGCCGCCCUCCUCCCCGCCCAACCCCCCUCCCAGUGUGCCCCCUCCGAAAAAAGCCAAGGGGGGCCCAAACUCCUCGGGCUCGGCCACCGCCACUCUCAGCAAGCAGAUAUUCCCCUGGAUGAAGGAGUCCCGGCAGAACUCCAAGCAGAAAAGCACCUGCGCCCCCCCAGGAGAGAGCUGCGAGGACAAGAGCCCCCCCGGGCCGGCCUCCAAGAGGGUGCGCACAGCCUACACCAGCGCGCAGCUGGUGGAGCUGGAGAAGGAGUUUCACUUCAACCGCUACCUGUGCCGACCGCGCCGUGUGGAGAUGGCCAACCUGCUCAACCUGACCGAGCGGCAGAUCAAGAUCUGGUUUCAGAACCGCCGGAUGAAGUACAAAAAGGACCAAAAAGCCAAAGGCAUCAUGCACUCCCCCGUCGGACAGUCCCCGGACCGCAGCCCCCCCCUGAGCGGCCCAAACCACGUCGGCUACUCCAGCCAGCUCCCCGGCGUCAACAGCCUCAGCUACGACGCGCCCUCGCCCACCUCCUUCGCCAAGUCCCAGCAGAGCAUGUACGGGCUGGCCGCCUACACGGCGCCGCUGAGCAGCUGCCUGCCGCAGCAGAAGCGCUACGCGGGCGCGGAGUACGACCCCCACCCCAUGCAGAGCGGCGGCGGCGGCUUCGCCAACCCCAGCCUGCAGGGCAGCCCCGUCUACGUGGGGGGCAACUUCGUGGACUCGAUGCCAGCCUCAGGCCCCAUGUUCAACUUGGGGCACCUGCAGCACCCCUCCUCCGCUAGCGUGGACUACAGCUGCGCCGCACAGAUCCCCGGCGGCCACCACCACGGACCUUGCGACCCCCACCCUACCUACACGGACCUCUCCUCUCACCACACCUCUCAGGGACGGAUGCAGGAGGCGCCCAAGCUCACGCAUCUGUAGCGGGGCGGCGGCCGGCGGGGCCCGCUCCCCUCUCCAUUACCUCACUUUUCUGACGGGACAGUGUUACUGUGCUCUCGAGUGCCAACAGUAUUAGUGGAUUUGUCUCCCCUAGCAGCUCCCUUCUUUCUUCCGCACCCCCGAGUAGGUCCGUGAGCAGGAGCCUUUCUCUUAGAGCUGUUUUAAGCAUGACAGUGCAAUAUACUGCCAACCGAGGGACUGAUAAGCUGGUAAUGAUGUACUUGAAGGUAAGUCUUAGAAAUGCCGUAGUGUUAGCAGCGCGUCAUGCUGAGGUGUUUUAGACCAGUCGUAAGCCGUGGGAACUCGCCCGCGUGUAAGCUUAUUUCAGAGAAGUUAAUUUAUGAAUUCCUCCGUAACGUAAGGAUCACAUUGGACUAAAUGAUAUGUAUUUAUUAUUUUAAGCGAGACAUUUUUUGUAUCACUGAUUAUUUAUCCUCGUCUUAAUGUAUUUAUGUGGGUAUUUGUAGAGUUUCUUCACCAGUACUUCGGGAGAGCGAUUCAGGUCCGUGGUGACUUACAUUUCACCUAUUUAGUAUAAUCGGUCUGAGCUAGUUGAGAGAGUAGUCUUGAACAGUUGUAACAGUGGCUGGUGUUUGUAGUUUAUGUAAGGAUUAAUUAAGACAGCAAGUCGUAAAUCAUUAAUAGAGUAAAACAAACUGUGGCAUCACACAAAGAGCCAUUACACUUAAAAAAAUAUUGAGAGUAUUUUUAAAGUAUUUAUUUCUAACCGGCUGGCCCCACUCGAGCGCCUCGGUGGCUUGGCUGGCAGCUGGCUCGGCCGGGUGAAGCCACCUUUAGUUGGAAGCGCAGCCGCUUUGAUGAGGCCAUCUACAAAGCGGGGCUAUUGGCCAUCUUGUUUCAGAUCAAAUCCUGCAUACAAAAACCUCGGUGAGGUUAACAUUUAUUUAUUGGCUGGGUAUCUAUCGCACGUAUUA